CAAAUCAUUACCAAUCCAGUCUUAGAUCUACAGCUGAUGCGAAGAUGAAGACUAUCGCUUGCUUUGCUGCUCUUGCCUUUGUGUUGGCAUUCUCUGUCAACGUAAAUGGCCAUGCCAUCGAUAUUGAUAGGGUGAGAUCAUCUCACGAUGACGCCUUCGAAAUUGACAUUAAAAUUAAAUCUGAAGCAUUAGAAGAACCAGAGCAACCUGAAGAUCCCAGAGCUCCUGAAGAUCCAGAAGACCCCAGAGCUCCUGAGGACCCAGAAGACCCAAGGGCUCCUGAAGAUCCCGAAGACCCCAGAGCUCCUGAAGAUCCCGAAGACCCCAGGGCUCCUGAAGAUCCAGAAGACCCCAGGGCUCCUGAAGAUCCAGAAGACCCCAGGGCUCCAGAAGAUCCUGAAGACCCCAGAGCUCCCGAAGAUCCAGAAGACCCCAGGGCCCCCGAAGAUCCUGAAGAUCCCAGGGCUCCAGAAGAUCCUGAAGAUCCCAGGGCUCCAGAAGAUCCCGAAGAUCCUAGAGCUCCUGAAGAUCCUGAAGACCCCAGAGCACCCGAAGACCCAGAAGACCCAAGGGCUCCAGAAGAUCCAGAAGACCCAAGAGCUCCAGAAGAUCCAGAAGACCCAAGAGCACCUGAAGAUCCAGAAGAUCCCAGAGCUCCUGAAGACCCAGAAGACCCAAGGGCUCCUGAAGAUCCCGAAGACCCCAGGGCUCCAGAAAAUCAUAUUCUAGAAAUUGACAUUCAAAUUAAAUCGGAAGUAUUAGAGGAACCAGAGCAACCAGAAGAUCCCAGAGCUCCUGAAGAUCCAGAAGACCCCAGAGCUCCAGAAGAUCCAGAAGACCCCAGAGCUCCUGAAGAUCCUGAAGACCCCAGGGCUCCUGAAGACCCCGAAGAUCCCAGAGCUCCUGAAGAUCCCGAAGACCCCAGGGCUCCAGAAGAUCCUGAAGACCCAAGAGCUCCUGAAGAUCCCGAAGACCCCAGAGCUCCUGAAGAUCCCGAAGACCCCAGGGCUCCAGAAGAUCCCGAAGACCCCAGGGCUCCAGAAGAUCCUGAAGACCCAAGAGCUCCAGAGGAUCCAGAACGACACAGAUAUUAAUUAAAUCAAUUUCUACUAAAAGCUGUUUCUCAGAUACAUAUAGAGAUUCAUGUAGAUACAACAAGUUCUAAUAACAUGUAACAUCCAUUAAUGUUGUAAAAAUAAAAGCUUAAAUGGAUA